CGGUGUGUCGGUGUGUCGGCUGGGUCGGAGUGAGGCCAGGGGCCGUCCUGAGGUGCUGGACACUGCAGGCCUGGCCUGGCCUACUCUGGAUGGCCUGGGAGCCCCUGCGCCCUCUGCUAACCUCAUCCCUCCCUCAGCUAUUUGGCUAGGCCAGCAGCUGGAACCAGGUGCUUGCUGCCCCACGGCUUUCAUGUGCACAGCCCAGCGCCGGUGCGGUGUGGACACAGCCGUCUUGUGCAGCCUCUUGGGAGCCAGACAGCUGGGUACCGUUUAAGAGGACGCACUGCCCAGCCUCCGUCUCUGCCCCGGAGCCUCUCGUACUGGCCAUGCCCGUGCCUACAGAGAGUACCCCACCACCCCUGAGUGGCACCCCAGUCCCUGUCCCGGCCUACUUCCACCAUGCAGAACCUGGCUUCUCCCUCAAGAAGCCCAGGGGGCUCAGCCAGAGCCUCCCACCCCGGCCCCCUGCCAAGGGCAGCAUCCCCAUCAGCCGUCUCUUCCCUCCUCGGACCCCAGGCUGGCACCAGCCCCUGCCCCGCAAGGUGUCAUUCCUAGGCAAGGCCUCUGAGGCCAUGCAGAGCCCCGGGUACGACCCACGCCGGCCAGAAUCUUUCUUCCAGCAGCGCUUCCAGAGGCUCAGCCGCCUUGGCCGUGGCUCCUACGGAGAGGUCUUCAAGGUGCGCUCCAAGGAUGACGGCCGGCUUUAUGCAGUAAAGCGUUCUAUGUCGCCAUUCCGGGGCCCCAAGGACCGGGCUCGCAAGCUGGCGGAAGUGGGUGGCCAUGAGAAGGUGGGCCGGCACCCACGCUGUGUGCGGCUGGAGCAGGCCUGGGAAGAGGGCGGCCUCUUGUACCUGCAGACGGAGCUGUGUGGGCCCAGCCUACAGCAGCACUGUGAGGCCCGGGGCACCAGCCUGCCUGAAGCCCAGGUCUGGGGCUACCUGCGCGACACCUUGCUGGCCCUGGCCCACCUGCACAGCCAAGGCCUAGUCCACCUGGACGUCAAGCCCGCCAACAUCUUCCUGGGGCCCCGGGGCCGCUGCAAGCUAGGUGACUUUGGGCUGCUGGUUGAGCUGGGGGGGGCCGGAGCCAGCGAGGCCCAGGAGGGAGACCCCCGCUACAUGGCCCCUGAGCUGCUGCAGGGCUCCUACGGGACAGCAGCAGACGUGUUCAGUCUGGGCCUCACCGUUCUGGAGGUGGCGUGCAACAUGGAGCUGCCCCGCGGCGGGGAGGGCUGGCAGCAGCUGCGCCGGGGCUACCUGCCCCCUGAGUUCACUGCUGGUCUUUCUCCCGAGCUGCGCUCUGUCCUGGUCAUGAUGCUGGAUCCCGACCCCAAACUGCGGGCCACGGUUGAGGCCUUGCUGGCCCUGCCCAUGCUCAGGCGCCCACGGCCCUGGGGCGCCCUGUGCUACAUAGCCGCGGAGGCCUCGAGUCGCACAUGGGCCCUGUGGCAGGCCCUGCUGGCCCUGCUAUGCUGGCUCUGGCGUGGGCUGGCACAGCCCGCCAGCUGGCUGCGGCCCCCAGGCCCGCCAGUCACCCCGCCUGGAUCGCCACCAUGCAGCCUCCUGGACAGCAGCCUCUCCAGCAACUGGGGUGAUGACAGCACAGUGGGGCCCUGCUUUUCCCCAGAGGCCAUGCUGGCUCGGGCCCGGGGGAGCACCUCCACCCCGCAGAGCAGGUGCACACGAAGUGACGCCCUAGGCCUCAGUGACGUGGACACAGCGCCUCCUCAGGGCUCCUGCCCCUCCUUUGAGCCGCGGAACCUCCUCAGCCUGUUUGAGGACUCACUGGACCCAGUCUGAGCCCCAGGCUUCAGUGGUUUUAA